AACCCUAGUUAUAAGACAUUUGCACAUAUUUACUCAAACUAUUCAUUUGGAAAUUAAAUUCUAGCAUUAUAUAAAAAGUUCAAGUUAUUGAUUUGUGAAAUUGAAUUCUUGUGAAAGAUUUAUUCCAUUUAAGGUAUAUUACUGUCAUGUCUUUCAUAAACUAUAAUCACAAUCCUAAAAGCUGACGUUUUAUUUACGCCUUUAAAUUUAAACUUAGCUAAUUCUACAGCCAAAUCGAAAACUUUUUUAUCUUUAAUAUUUAUAAAAUUAUUACUUUCAUUAUAGACAUGUUUUAGAUACAAAUAUGAUGGACAGCACUGAAGAACAAAAUGUUGUUUGGUCAACACUACAAACUAUCAUAACCAACGUUGUAAAUAAUUUAGAUAGCAACACAGCUCCAAGUAAACUUUGCACAGUAGAGAAUAAAACUCAAACCAAUAAGUGCUAUUAUGAUAGAAAUGAAAAUUUUGUUUUACAAGAGAAUAACACAAGUAAUCAUAAAAAGACACAAAAAUUAGAGCAAGAAAAUAAAACUAACGUUAAGAAUGAUGUGGCUUCCCAUCCUAAACUUAAAACAGAAGUUCUUGUAUCUAAACUGGACAGUCAGAAAAUAUCACAAAGCGUAAGUAGAUAUACGAUGACAGAAGCAAAGCAUUUGGAAAUUGCAGAGGCAGCACAGAAAACAAAUAAAAAUCACACAAAGAGUUGUGUUAUUGCAGUAGAAGAGAUAUGUGAAGCAAUUGCUCCUGAACUGAAAACAAUUCAGUUAAUUUCAAGGAAAAAAAUACACCAGGACACUAUUUCUGAGGAAAAUAGAUGUUUUUCUAGUGAUAUGAACAAUUGCAAAGACAGUAUGGAAAAACAUUUUGACAUUGAUGAUGACGAUGAUGAGAAUACAUUAUAUAUUGCUGACCCUGAUGACAACGAGUCUCAUGUGCACAAUAAUAAAACAUUGCAGGAAAGUAUUUUAAAGCCAAAAUUUGAAUCACUGCAAAAUUCACAACCAACACUUCAAACAGAUGAUACACUAAACACCAAGACUUUAGCAUCAACUAGUUACUCUUAUGACAUACUCAGAAGUACUGAAAAGUCUAUCACUACGCCCCCUUUAACUUCAACAACUACAAAUCCAUCCACAUCUGGAAUAGACCCCUCUAUUUUAAGGGCUGAAAUGAUGAAAUUACUUCCUGAUUUACUAAAAGAAAUGCAAAGCCAACAAGCAGUGGUAAACAGUCAUGCAGAAAAAACUAACACACACCAAAAGACCAUACAAGCGAUACCUGCAACACAACCUGCAACACAACCUGCAAAUACUAAACAAAAAGGAACUAUUGGAAAUGAAGAUAAUGCAGACACCUUUAACACUUCACAGAAAACAAAUAACCAAAUUUUCUCAUUGGUUGAGAAGUAUAAGGAAAUAACAACAACCUUUGUCAAAGGUUCUCAGCUAUUGCCAAAGCCGGUUGUGUCUUCUUGUACCAUUCCGACAGAUAAAAACUUAGUGGCACCAUCACAUUUUAUGAUAACACCUAAAGAAUCUGUGAACCUUCAAGAAACUUCAAAAGACGCUUCCAAUGCUCCAUCUUGUUCAGUGUCCAACACACAUGCUUCCAACACAGUUACUCUUGGAGCAUCUAAGGGUACUAAUUCUGUACAAAAAACAAAAGUUAACCAUAUCAGACCCUACGUUGUAAAAGCACCUCUGCAGCAAGAAUACACGCACCCUGAUUUCAAAAGUAAUAGCAAUAAAUUUGUUGCAAAUCAAAAAAAUCCUAGGCCUGUGAUGCAUCCUCUUGUGAGACUAUGUGAAGCUUUAAAUGCAAAAAAUGUUCGAAGUACAAUACCAUUGUAUAUAGUUACAAAUCAAAUUCCAAAAGCUGCGUUUGACAACAACAAAGUAUCUUCUCCUUAUAUUAACCAGAAUAAAAAAGCUAGUAUUGACAACAUCAAAAAUUCUUCUCCUAGUAUUAACCAUCUUGCGAAAGCUAGUAUUGACAACAUCAAAGAUUCUUCUCCUAGUAUUACCCAUAAUGCAAAAGCUAGUAUUGACAACAUCAAAGAUUCUUCUCCUGGUAUUACCCAUAAUGCAAAAGCUAGUAUUGACAACAACAAAGUAUCUUCUAAUACUAACCAGAACGCAAACAACACUGUUACACCACCCACUACUAAAAAAUCGGAUAAAAAUGGCCAAACCAAUCAGCAAGUGAAUGAUAAUGCAAGAACACAAAAGCCAUCUGUAAGCUUAAAGAUUGACAAAAACAGUAAUCUCCCUACCUCUAUGAUCAAGUUAGGAAACUUUGUGAACAUUCCGAAUUCAAAAAAAAUUAACUCAAAGUCACAACACAGUAGCGUGGAGACAAGAAAUGAAAGUAAACAAAAACCGGUCACUGCCAUUGGUAAAUUAGAAAUCAUAGAUAUCACUGAUUUUGCGGUCAUGAGAGACAACAUCUCGUAUUGCAGAGUAACAUGGAACAUACACACCUGGGAAAAAGAAAGUGACGUCUUAAAUGGAAAAUAUAAAGAUUUGCUGUUGUCUCGUAAAAUUGAAUAUCAGAAGAAAUUUUCUCUUAAUAACCAUACACCUGCAUCUGUUACAAAAGACAACAAUUUUCAGACAGUUAGAACCACAAAGGAGAAGCUCUCAAUGCAAAAACCUUUUGUAGAAGAAGUCCUACAAGAUCCCACAAAGUUGAGCAUUUCGUCUAUUGUUAAAGAUUACAUGUUGGUCGAACCAUUUCCAAAACAUUUGCAAAUACCUAGACAUUGUAAAACACUUGGUGUACCACAUUCCACUAAAGUAAAAAGAGGAAACUUAAGCAGUAGUAAACAAAAUGCUGACGCAGUUAUUCAAUUAAAUCGAAAGGAUGUUGAUAAAUGUAAAGCUGCAAGCCAGUCUGAUAAAACAGAAGUUGAACCAAAUACAGACCCAGUCACCAAAAUGGUUUUUAAUGUUGAAAGUGCUGCAAAAAAUGUAAUUCAAGCCAACAGAGACUUUUUUGAAAUAGAUUCUAGUGUUGGUUAUAAAUGUACAGAAAAUUCAAAUUUAAACUCUUUAAAGGAGAUAGUUUCAAGUGAUGGCUAUAAAUGUGCAAAAGCAGUUAUAACUGAAGCCACUGAAAAAAAUGUUGAGCAUGAUACGGACUCAGUAACAGAAAUGGAAUGCUGUAUCAAUUCAGAGAAAGUUGUAUCUCCAAUUGUUGAAAAUGAUGUUCACCAAAGUGUAGACCCGGUUACCAAGAUAAGUUGCAGUCAUGUCAAUGCAGAGGAAGUUGUACCUCAAGCUGAUAUUGAUCAAAAAGAAGACUCUACUAUUGAGACAAAUUCUAGUGUUUCUAAUAAAUGUGAAGACGAGGUCGUAGCUUCAGUUACUAAGAAAGAUGUGAAAGAAAAUUUGAACUCAGUUGUUGAGAUUGAUUAUGGUGAUGUCGAUAAAUGCAAACACAAAAUUAUAAAUCAAUCAAAUGUUUUUAAAACAGAUGAAAAAUUAGAUUCGAGUAAGCUGCACCAUUUUCCAGAAUAUGUACAUGUGAAACCAAUUCUAUGUGGUGACAACAAGGAAGAAAAAAGAAAAGUUGGAUACAAGGAAUUCGAUUUUUUUGGAAUGUUAUCAAAGGAGAAGGAAGUGACAAAACAUACAGUACCUGGUCAGAAGAAGGACAAGUGUCGUUACUGCCGUCAACGAUUCACGUCGUCGGAACUUUUAAAACACGACCGCGUGUAUGUGAAGCUUAUCUGUCCCCAAUGCAAAAUGCGAAUAUGCAACAGAAAAAAGCUGACCAAGCAUAUUUUGCAACACGCUAAACACAAGAAGCAAUGUCCUCUUUGUUGCAAAUCUUUUGAAGACAUCCAAAGUUAUCAAUCACAUAAAAGUACCGUUCAUACUGCGAUUGAAGAUUCGAGUUUGGCAAAGAAGAAGUUAUGGAAGUGUGCUCAGUGUAACAAGGCCUUUCGAAAGGAGCUGCAUUUGAGAAAACAUCAAAUUCGAAGAUGUCUAAAUAACAUAAACGAUUCAAAGCCAGAAAAAUGUUUUGUUUGCAAGAAACUGUUUUCAUCAAAACAAAACGUUGAGAAACACAUACCUCUUCACCAGGUCUCUUACAUGGAAUGCCAAGAAUGCAAAGAAUGUUUUGACGUGGAGGAGGAUUCUGCUUCGCACUUUUGCUUGGGUGUGCCAAAAGUAACACUGAUUUCUAAAUACGAUAGCACGAUAAGAAAUUUGAAAAAGAAAAAAAUAAGAAGAAAAAGAUGGAACGCGCUUAAACAAAGCAAGCAAUCGAAACGAAGUUGUGUGCAGUGUAUACGAGGCUUUAAAGAUCGCGAGAGUUUUUACGAACAUAUCAAUUUAAAGGACUGUCCUGACUUGAAAGACAGUGGGCAAUGCAUGCUGUGUAAACAAUUUUUUCAAUCGUUAGAAAACCUCAAAACUCAUGUCAUGACUUGCUUUAAGGACAGCCUGACGUCAUUGCUCCGACCACAACCACGGAGUGCAAGCCAAAGUCAUGCUGAUAAGAAGCGGGUGGUCGUCCAUUGUUCAUAUUGUAAGACUCUGUUUCCAUCGAACCAUGCGUUUCGCAAUCACAACAAAAUUUUCCAUCCAAGAACUGUUAAAUAUAGUUGUCUAAAAUGCGGUUUCAAAAGCUUGAGUAAGUCCUUGCUGAAAAAGCAUUUGAGAUUGAAACAAUGUCCAAAGGUUUCGUUUUACCAAUGCUUUGUAUGCGAUCAAAAUAGAGUCCACUAUGCAGCGUUCGGUAGUUUAUCAGCGUUAGUUGGCCACAUGGAGAUGCAUAGGUUAAAGAAGGAAGUAAAAGUGAAACGAGAAUUCAACGAAGGUGUUAUAUUACCAGCAAAAAUACAGAACGAAGAUGGUGCUACACAGAUGCUAUCGCUACCACUAGAAGAUGUACGUGCGCUAAACGGGAAGCAUGCUCUCUGUGAAGUUCCUGGCUUUGGUCAUUAUGAGGUGAACGUGGAUGGCACACCACCUAACGCGUUUUUUAAUGCUGUUAAGUUGUUGUUGUGUUUUGAUUGUAAUACGCCAUGCCGAAAUCGCAAACAUUUGAUGGUUCAUUUCAGAAGCUAUCACAAUUGGAGAUUUGUCCAGCUUUCGAUUUGUAAGCCGUGUGGAAUCGCGUUCAAAGAUUCUGACUCUUAUCAUAAACAUAAAAAGUCAUGUUCGGGUUCCGUCAAAAAUGUGAUAAAACGUGCGAUGGAGGGUGGUUCAAAAACGAUCGCAUCAUUGGAGAUAGAAUCAAAGAAAUUGCUUCCCUCUAAAGAUCUAUCGCUUAAAGUAAUUCCGAAGGCGAGUACAUCGAGUGAACUCCCUGCAAUGGAGGAGGAGUCAACGCCUAAAUCCACAUGUAAAUGUUCGAAGUGUGGCAAAAAGAAGAUGGAAGCCGUCGUUUGCGACGUCUGUUCACAUAGCUUCCCUUGUCUGCACCAACUGAGAGUUCACAAACGCUAUGCGCACCCUCCUCCCAGUAUUUACCUCUGCAGACCUUGUGAAAAAUGUUUCUGCACUGCGGAGGAGUUCAACCGACACGCUCAGUUGGAAGAGUGUCGGUCGAAGAAAAAGGUGGUGAACAUUACGAAGCCAUGCUAUAUUUGCAAAAAGCAAAUCCGUCACGUAAAGAGUCACGUGGAGGGUCACGUGGAUGUGAUUUACGAAUGCUAUCGUUGCAACUCGAAGCUCUCCAGCAGAGAGCAAUUAAAAAAACAUCUUUCGCAAUCUCACAUGUUGCCAUGGUUACCUGCGGAUGAAAGCUGGGUGGAUUGUGUGUUUCAAGCGAAAUUUGCUACUAUCCUGAAAAAUGUUUAUCUCACUCAAGAAGAGCGUCAACCUAUUGGAGAUGCUACGUCGAAAAACUUGAAAUGUGCUACCUGCAAUUUGGUUUUCUUUUACAACGAAACACUCGCGUACCAUCAGACUGUAUGCAAACCCGACUCUCCGUACAAAAUAUACGUCUGUAAAGCACCUGCCGUCAAUAAACCCUCCGGUGGAGUGUUGGUGGAUAAGUCUUUUAUCUUAUGCACUAUUUGUUGCCGGUUAUUUGAUUGCCAAGAAACGUGUCUUCUUCACGUAGCGAUAUUUCACAACAUCAAGGUCAAGGAGUUGCAAACGAAAUACAUCAAGAAGACGAAGUUCGACCAACACCUGCAAACGUGUUCCAUCUGUAACGCCCAUUAUACGAAUGAGAUUGCCUUGUGGCGGCACAGUUUUCAUCAUGCCGGCGUUGCCGUAGAAACGUGUUACGUUUGCGAUCAAUCAUUUAGCACGGCAACCGAGUUGAAAGUUCAUACCUACCUCGCUCAUUCCGGUUUCUACUGUGAAUUGUGUUAUAAGGUUUUCCACUCGUUGGAUGCGUUCACAGAACAUUCUCAGCUACACGUGAUCGAAGCUAACGUGCCUCGUGAUAACAACGGUAAGAUGGUUAUCGAGAUUGAACAGAAUAAGUUGUCGAGUUUAGAGCACCAAUCACUGUUCCCCGAAGAGGAAACGGGACCAAAGAAAUUUGUGAUUACGUCCAAAAUACCGAAAGAAAUCCUUGGCGACAGCAGACUGUUUUAUUGCUACGUUUGCAAACAGAACAUUGAAGGGGACCUGACGUUCAUCGUGCAUAUGAAGACUCACGCAGAGCCACGACUUCUGCUCUGUCUGCUAUGCAAAAGAAAAUUCGCCAACGCUGAACAACUUUGCGAGCACAUAAAAAAACACUUUGUUCAUGAGAAGAUGAAUGUUCGAAUCGAUUCUGAUGAAGUUUUGAGCGAUGAAGAAGAACUCGACAAAUGUUCUCUAUGCUGUCAAGUUUUCGAAACGUCGAAAGAGUUGACUGAACACAAGAAAAACAACAAAACAGACACCAGUGUCGGUUUCUUUUUAGCGGCUGACUGGAUAGGUGCAUAUGUCACAAAAUAUUGUACCUUAAAAAACAGCGGUGAGAAGAGCAAAGAAGAUGAAUGGGGUUCUGAUUGGAAGAUAGCAAAAGAAUACGACCUCAAAAAAAUAUUGUCCGGAAUCAACGUCAAAAACAACAUUUCCCAUCCAGAAGUAGCAACAAAAGUGCCUCAAGAUCCGGCCAUAUGUUUGCAUUGCUUGGUAAGUGUUCCCGCUAACUACGAAAAGUACCACAUCCGAAAGCACCUGCAGUCGCUAACAAAGCAUGGUGUCCGUUGCUUGUUGUGUACAGAGGUAGUGAACGUGGAUGCUUUACCUGAUCAUAUGAAAAGUAACCACAGUGAUAAGCUAAUGUUAGAUGAUGUAAUAUGCCCACAUUGUUUUGUUCUGUUGCGAAAAAAGGAAGGAAUAAGUGUGCAUAUGGCGAAGCACCAACAGAAUUUAUCAAUUGGGUCUCCAUUCAUUUACUGUGCCUAUUGUAACGAUCUUCUUCGCAGAGAUGCGCUCGUUUUACACAUGACUUCUCAGUGGCAAAAUGAGAAUCAGCUGGUUAGGAAAGCUAAUACACAGUUAAGGAAGAGCAGGCUUGAUUUACUAGCAGAGGAACAACAACAGAGGAGGGUGUUAAACCAUAUCUGCACCGCCGAGCAGAUUAGUGUACAAAUUGUGGAAGAUAAAUCCGACACUUUGAACCUGAAGAGUGACAGUAAGAAAAAGGGAAGUGAGAUAAAUGAGGAACAAAAAGGAAAGGGUAAGAAAAACGACAAGGGAGCAAUAAACGACGAAGAGCAAAAGAAGAAGACCAAGAAAAAGGAGAGCAAGAAGAAGGAGAUCAUUACAAGUAAAAAGAUACGAGGUAGUUAUAAAAUGGAAAACCUUGACGAUAAAGAACCGAAUGUUGAUUUUGUUGUGUCGGAAAAAUCCUAUUCUAACAAUAUACCACAGAAACUGGCUGCCACCAAAGCCGAAAAAGAAAAGAUAGAUCUUAAAAAGCCUGCUAAAAAAAUCAAACAGCAGACUUGGAGUAUAAAAAAGGUGAUAAAGACACAACCAGUUAAAACUGCCGUCAUAGGAUGCGCUACUGAGGAAAAAAAGAGUGAAAAAACGUCGACAGAAAUACUGGAUGAGCGAGACAAACUUGUCAGCUUCAUGAUGGGUGGAUUGGAGUCGCCUUUUUGCAAAAUGUGUGACUGGCGAUUUAACAUGUUUGGAGAACUGAAAAUUCAUUUACAGCAACAUUUUAGCUACGGUUCCAUAAUCUUUGAUGAGAAGAGUCGAGACGUGGCUUGCGUUCUUUGUAAACAACUGAUCAGGAAGACUUCGAUGAAAACGCACUUGCUGUUGAAACAUUCGAAAGAAGUAAAACAUUUAAAACAAUUGCAAACAAAACUGAAGAAGAAUCCCAAGAAUGAAGUAAACCCCCUUGCUACUAAGGUUACGCCUGCUGGUUUGGAACUUGCACCGUCGUCGAAUGCAAUGCCUUAUCCCUUCACUUGCGCGGUGUGCGGAAGAGGGUACUUCACUUCCGGACAGUACUUGGCUCAUUUUAAAGUAGCACACCCGUGGCUUUUUAACAAGGAGAAGCAGAAGUUGGAAAAGGAGAAAGCAAGAAAAAGAAAACUAAAUAGCUUGCCAAAAGAAGAUGAUGCACAUAAGAAAUGUAAAAUCGUUGUUCCCAACGAACCUCUUGAAAUUGAAAAAGAAAAAACAAAUAAGUCGGUCCAAUCUCUUUUAAAAAAUACGGCAAAUGCAUCACCAAAACGUGAGCGUAAAAUAAUAAGACCGGGUCGUCCUCCAAAAGCCUUUAAGAAAGAAACAGAAGUAAGAAAGAUGAACCACAACGUUUCUCAGAUGGAAGAUAAACCCACGGCGAAGCCGCAGUUAGAAACCGAGAUUGUCGAAUUUCAACCAGGCGAAAUUACCAAUAAUGAUACCGAAAGUUCGGCAACACAAUAUUCGAAAAAUGAUCCGGAAACAAAAGUUGAAGUUGCACCUAAAAAAAGAGGAAGACCGCCGAAGCACAAGCCUUCCAAAAAUUUACCUGAAAUUAAGCCAGUAAUUGACGAAAAUGAUGGAAAUUGUGAAGAAAAAAAGACUGAAAUAAUAAUACAGAAUGAAGCAGUUGGGUCAAAAAACAAUGAGUUGGUUUGCGUUCAAACAGGUGAGGCAAUAAAGAGCAUGUCACAAAGUGAUACUGAUGACGAGAUAGAAGAAGAAACUGAAGAAGAAGAAAUUAUAUCGUCGUCAGAAGAAGAACAAACCACGAAACAAAACAUUCCACAACUACACUCCGAUGCCAUGUAUAUUUGCUCACAGUGCAGUUUAGCUUUUCCAUGCCAAACAGAACUCGCGAGUCACGUGACAAUUCACGAGAUCAACCCCGAGAAACACUUCAGCGUUCCUUACCCAUACGUGUGUGUAUAUUGCGGUGUAGGGUUUUAUAAGAAGUAUGCACUCAGAAAACAUUUGGAAGGAAAACACGCCUUGCUUUAUACAUUUGGACUGGAGCAUCGAGACUGUUUUGUUAAUCGAGCACUUGGUAUAGAACAGGAUUACGACACUUCCACGUCUGUCGUAAUAAAACCAAUCGACUUGCCGAAACGUAGCCGCAGCAAGUUCAACGAAGUUCUCAAAGGUAUAAAGAAGAAACCCAGGGCAGUUAAAAGUCCGAAAAAUUUAAAUGAAAAUGUUGUCGACGUGCGACGAUCGAGUGGUCGCAAGCGAACCGUCAAUGACAAUGUUUUAAAUGUUCUUCAGUCUAAAAAGAAGACGCCGAAAAGGGAUGGCCCUGUAACGAAAUUGGCGCAAAUAAAGAAGACUGGAUUAAAACACAAGCGACUAAUCAAAAAAGAAUCUUUGAUAGAGAAGCAGCCGGUGAAAGAAGACAGCGAAAGUGAGGAGGAAUUUAAACACGUGUCGUCUGAAAGCGAGGUCGACAUUGCGUUGGCUAACGAAAACGAAAACGAAAGCGAAAGUAGUGACUCAGAUCAUAGUACAACUGUUGUGAAGCAGUUUCUGUGCAAACACUGUGAUAUGCUGUUUGUCUCUGCUGCAGUACUAAAAAAGCACGUAAAAUCUCACCAGAAUAGCAAGGAUGUUGCGGAGAAAAACUGUUUAUGUUGUACAGUGUGUGAACAACAACUUGUACGUCAUGAAUUAAAAUGGCACAUGCACGUUCGUCACGGCGCCGACAAAAAAGUCACGUUAUCGAAGAAGAAAACUUAUUGUUCCUUAUGCAACUUCGCGUGUAAGAAAAACAUGGAAAAACACAUAGCUAAGAGCCACCCGGAGUUGUUAAAAGUGGAAUGCAGGCUGUGUGACUUGCGUUUUUUAACCCGCCCACGGUGCGAAUCUCACUUUCGGGAUACUCACGGAAAAACUAUUGACGAAGAAACGUUGAUGUGCUUUUUAUGCAACAAACAAUUCCAAACGCUUUCCACCUUGCAUUUUCAUUACAGUAUAGUGCAUAUGAAAAAGAGAGAAGAUUUAUAUUGCUCGCUAUGUAGUAAGUAUUUUCACACCCAAACUCACCUUGAUAAACACGAAGAAGAGUUUCAUAAGAAUGACAGGUUUCAGUGUGGGUUGUGCCUCUUGGAGUUUGACCACGUCGAAGCAUGCGAAGAGCACGUGCGUAGUCACAAAAUGGCUACUGAGCAUGAAUGCACUGUGUGUUGUUUUUACUUCGAAUCGAAGGAACAGUUUGAUGCGCAUAAGAAGACCCACGAUACCGGGAGGUUUAUCUGUCCUGUUUGCUUUGCACGCUUUGAAGUUUCAAGCGAUUUCGAAGCCCACAAGUCUUCAGCUCAUUCAUCGCGCGAAGACGAUCGAAAACACUCCGUGCAGAGGACAUAUCAAUGCACGUCUUGUGAUAAAUCAUUUUUUUCUCUCUCGCAUAUCCAAAAACACAUGGAUGAAGUACAUCAAAGCGGAGCACGUGCGUCGUACGGGGACGAUGAAGUGUUCUCUGAUGUUACGGGAACGGCAACAGAACUUCAGCUACCGUCUAUAAACAAAUGCGACGUUUGUGGUGAAACAUUUCUGCGUUCAGAAAUUUUUUUAGAACAUAAAAAGAAGCAUGUUGAAGGAGUGUACAGACAUUGAAUACAUUGUAACGUUGUUUUAUAUUUACUGACCUUGUUUGGUUGGGCUGUUUCUUUGUGGUUAUUUUCACUUCAUGUAGAGAAUGUUUGCCUAUGAAAGUGUGACCAUGAAAAUUUAAAAAUAGCUCUAUUUAAGGCCGUAUAAAAUUGGUCGGUGUAGUAAAAGCCAUUGGGAUACGAUAGUAUUUGAAUUUUUUUUACUUGCAUAUAAUACUCGACGAAGCAUUGAAAAGCGGGUGUCUGUUCUUUCUUAUGUUACCUAUUUCUUUUAUUUUUUUAUUUUUUUUUAAAUUUUAGAUAUUUUAUUGAGUGAUGUAUGUAUUCAUGUAAAUAUUUUUAAAAGAUCUCUGAAGGUUUUUGUGACAAGUCGUUUUAUUAAAAAUUCAAUUCUUAUUGUCCGUGUUGGCCGAUUAAACUCAUUUUAUUAGGAUGAAAUCUGUUUCUUUUUCUUCCGUCUACAACAACCGUUUGUGCUUUUUCAACCAAUAAAAAUACGUGCUGAGUAAUAGGUCAAAGUCGUUAACACUCUCCUUCGUAGUGCCUAAUUUUGUAACAACAUAGUCACGCGUCUGAUGCAGUGAUUUCAGACUACCUUAUUAGUAAAAAUAAAGUCGUUAAAAUGUGAUCAAACUUCGGUCUAGUAACUAAUUUUUUUUACCGACUAAAAAUUUUUGCCGUCUUUUUUCAAAACUGUUACCCGUUGACAACCUACUGUCUUUUGUUUUGUUUGUCUAUUACCGAUGACCUAUUCUUUAUGACUGUUUUUUUUUGUCAUUAGCGAACACUGAUUCCUGCAAAACUAUGACGGUAAAGUAAUUAAUGGAUCUGGGGACGAAGUUGUACUCAGACAGAAAUUAGAAGUCGAAAAGAAAUUGCAACACGACGUAGCUACUAGAAGUUGAAAACAAUUUAAUUACUUUUUUUUAUACAAGGUGGAAUGGGAGGGACAUGUUAAAUCUGUUUCCGCCUCACCGAUUAUAUAUCCGCAGGCCUCCGCUAAGUAGGCGCUAGCGGCUUUGACAUAGGCAACAAACCCAGAGGAUGGUAAAAGACUCUCUUUACACAACUUAUUUUUUUUUACACUUCUACGAGAAUUAAAAAGCAAAGAUUUGAGAAGCCUUGGAAGCGCAACCCUAAUGUACGAUGUAAUUUACGCGGAGAUAUGUAAUGUAUAAAAGCUUUGUAAAAACUUUUAAUUAAUUUGUUUUUUGUUUUAUUUUUGUUUUGAAAUGGCGAAUUCUACACUUGAAGUAUGUUGUAUUUAUAUAUUUUCAAAAAGUUGCUUUUCGUGCUUUUU